AUGAAGAAUACGAAGAAAGUCAAGAAGGUGGCAAAGAAAGCACCAGCCUCUAAAAACGAUGUUGUGCUGGAUUUUCCAGAACAUGUGCAAGAGGAUUCAUCAACUUUAAAACCGAUUGUUGAUAGCGAAGAAGAAGCUGAAGAUACGGACGAAGAGUUGCGAGUAGCUUUGAGAGAAGGUCUCAUCAAAUCAGAUGGGCUCAACAUUGUGCACCUCAAGAAGCGCCCUAUCAUCAAUCUUGUACCAGAAUUGAAGAGCAGACUUGAGAAGAUGCCAACUCUUUCUUGGUUGGAAACAUUGGAUGUUACGACAACGGCAACGGCGUUUGAAGAAACCGAAGAUGCAAAUGACUUUGAACGAGAAAUUAAUUUCUACAAGCAAGCUGAGAAAGCAGCAGCCAUUGCCGUUCCAAGACUUCAGACAAUGGGUGUUAGGGUAUUCCGCCCAACGGAUUACUACGCUGAGAUGGCAAAGUCGGACGAACAUAUGCAAAAAGUUCGCAAGCGGCUACUGGAAACUCAAGAAAUCAAAGAUCGUCAAGAAGCUAUUCGAGCUAUUAGAAAAGAAAAGAAGUUUGCCACCAAGACAAAGAACGAAGUGGUUGAUGCGCGUCAAAAGGAGAAGAAACUCUUCUUGGAAACGAUCAAGAAACAUCGCAAGGGAAUGAAACAGCAGCUUGAUGAUAUGCUCUCAAAUGCGAAGCGUCUUCAGGUUGACGAGGCGGAUGACGAUCGAAGGGUGAUGAAUCGGGGUGGUUCUGCUGCGGAAAUGGAUCAUGUAAAACGAAAGAUGAGUCGAAACGUUCGCGAUAAGCGAUUCGGAUUCGGUGGACGUAAGAAGGGAAUGAAGAGAAACACCAAACAGAGCUUCGACGAUCUCUUCAAAGGAAAAAAGGGGAAAAGUGGUCCCAAAAAGAAUUUUGGCAGAAAA